GAGAUUUUAACUGUAGCUACUACUGACAUACUUCUAUACUCUAUUGGGGUUCUGUUUACUUUUUUACGUGAUAUUAAACAUUACAUAUCCAGGAUCCAUACAUUUGCAGCUCUCUUGGGAACGGGAAGAGAAGAGGUGCAAACGAGGAGUGUUUUUGAAAGAUGUAUUCCGCCAGAUACGACGGUCAUAAUGGCCGUCAAGAGCAGAUUGACUUCUUAACCAACAAAGAGAAGAAGUCGUCAAAGAAGACGAUUGCCGUUGUGGUUGGGGUUCUUGCAGCUCUUCUUAUCCUCGCAGCUUUAGCGGCAUUUCUUAUUUGGCUCUUCCUCUUUAAAUCUACUGAGGAAUCCACCUUAAGUAAGCUGCUUGAACCAUCAACCCUGGUCUUCAGUGGACACAUGAAGUUGCCUAAUGUGCCAUAUAACGAGAAGCUGGAGAAAACCAACAGCAAGGAAUUUGAGGCCUUGGCAGAUGACCUGGAGGCAAUUCUGGGGGAAAACCUCAAGAAAGAUGAUCUCCUCACUAAAUACUACACCAAGUCUGUCGUCAGUGCAUUCAGUGAGGGUGUGGUAGCCUACUACUGGUCCCAGUUUGAUAUUCCAGUUGAAGACCUUGAGAUUGUGCCAGAGAUCUCUGAGGAGCGAGUGUUGGAGACACUUGAAAAUGGCAUAAAAGCCCAGCGCAGCACAGGAGGCCCUAAAACUGUCAGAAUCACCGAGAUCACUGCCUCAGCCACAGAUCCUCGCAUGGCCAGGAACCCCAGAGCCAAGGAGUGUUUCUUCCGCCUGGAGGCUGAAGAUAAGACAAAGACCUUUGAAUCACCGGGCUACCCCAAAGCUUACCCUGCCAAAUCUCGAUGCCAAUGGCAGAUUCGAACUUCAGUCGACAAUGCCAUAUUUGUCACUUUCCCUUUCUUCAACGUUGAGGAUGACUGCUCUGAUGAUUUUGUCUCCAUCUAUGACUCUUUGAGUCCAGAUGAUUCUCAGGCCAUCACGGAGAAGUGUGGUCAGAGACCACCCUCCAACCCUCUGGAAGUGUCUUCAUCUGGAAAUAUCAUGCUGAUUAACCUGAUCACUGACAGUGAGGUGCAGAGGCCUGGGUUCUCAGCGAACUAUAAAGCCAUCCCAAAGUCUAAAGUCAAAACCUGCGGUGGUGAGUUGUCUAAAAGCCAAGGAGUCUUCACCUCCCCUCUUCACCCCAGCUUUUAUCCUCCUGCUGUGGACUGCAAGUGGACCAUCAAGGUCCCUGCUGGGAAAAAGGUGCGGGUGAAGUUCACCAUGUUUCGUAUGAAGGAGCCCGGGGUGGACAUCAGAGAGUGUAACAAAGACUUUGUGCAGAUUGAGGACCGCAAGUUUUGUGGAGAAGUAUCCUCUUUGUCCCAUACCAGUAAAACCAACAUCCUUGAGGUGUACUUUCACUCCGAUGAGUCUUACACGGACAAAGGCUUCAGUGCAGAGUACAGCGCCUUUGAUCCUCAAAACCCUUGCCCCAAUGAGUUUGCCUGUGCUUCUGGCAUCUGCAUUGCCAAAGACUUGAGGUGUGAUGGCUGGAACGACUGUGGGGAUAUGAGUGACGAGAUGAAGUGCAAGUGCGAGGAUGACCAGUUUGGCUGCAAGAAUGGCCUGUGCAAACCCAGAAUCUGGAUGUGUGACCGGGUCAAUGACUGUGGUGACGGCAGUGAUGAGGAACAAUGCAGUUGUGAGGAGAAUGAAUGGCGCUGUGGUGACGGUACUUGUCUGCCCCAGGAUGUUGUGUGUGACACCAAGAAGGACUGCGAAGACGGGAGCGAUGAAGCCAAUUGUAAAACCUCUCCGGGUAUCUGCUCCGACUUCAGCUUCCAGUGUAAGAACAAAGAAUGUGUCAACAAGGUGAACGCAGAAUGUGACCGCAUCAACGACUGCUCUGAUAACUCAGAUGAGGAAAACUGUGGCUGUGGCACCAGGCCCUACAAGCUGAAUCGCAUCGUAGGAGGGCAGAAUGCUGAGCUGGGGGAGUGGCCGUGGCAGGUCAGCCUUCACUUCUUGACCUAUGGACACACCUGUGGAGCCUCCAUCAUAUCAGAGAGGUGGCUCCUAUCUGCAGCACACUGUUUUGUCACCAGCAGCCCAUCGAACCAUGUUCCAUCCAACUGGCAGUCCUACAGCGGUAUGCAGGACCAGUACAAGCAGGAUGACGUACAACGCCGCUCAUUGAAGAAGAUCAUCUCCCACCCGGAUUACAACAUCAUGACCUUUGACUAUGAUGUGGCACUGCUGGAGCUCAGUGAGCCGCUGGAGUUCACCAACACCAUCCAGCCCAUCUGCCUCCCCUCAUCCUCCCACGUCUUCCCUGCAGGCAUGUCCUGCUGGGUCACAGGCUGGGGUGCACUCCGAGAAGGAGGUCAGGCAGCACGGCUGUUGCAGAAGGCGUCUGUGAAAAUCAUCAACGACACGGUGUGUAACGUUGUCACCGAAGGCCAAGUCACCUCCAGGAUGCUCUGCAGCGGCUUCUUGGCUGGAGGAGUCGACGCAUGCCAGGGAGACUCCGGCGGGCCCCUGGUGUGUUUCGAGGAGAGUGGGAAGUGGUUCCAGGCCGGCAUUGUGAGCUGGGGCGAAGGCUGCGCACGUCGGAACAAGCCCGGUGUCUACUCACGUGUCACCAAACUGAUAGGGUGGAUCAAGAAGGAGACUGGGAUUUAAAGGAGGAAUGUAUAGUUUAGAAAAGGAUGGAGAGCAACAUUAUAAACAUGCUGAAGAUGAAACAUUGGAGUCUUAACCUGGACAAGUUUCCCAAAGUGAGUCAUUUAUCAGCAGACAGAGGGGACUGCUGUAUGACUCGGAUACUGGUGUGGAAGCACUUUAUUUAGUUGCCAACUCCCUUCAAACCAAUCAAACUCAUUUUCACACACAUACCCUUACAUGUAAAAACACCAACUCAAUUUUUUAUUGCCUUUGAAAUACAUGUUUUUUACCCCAUUAUGUUUCAUUAAGUAGCAUAACCUUAGUACAAUUUAUGAAAUAUGUAUUAUCAGGGAAUUAUCUCUAAUUUUUUAUAGAAAUAUUGAUGCAGGAUCUGUGUAGUCUUUUACAGUUUUUUAGGAUUAUUUUAAGGGCACACUCACACUGGGCAGUCUGCACUGCACUGAAGCGCAUUCAACCCCCAAAGUUCAGUUUGUUUGGCUAGUGUGUGGCAAUCAGUAUACUUCCUUCACCUUUGUAAACAAUCACAGGUGAGUAAUGUAGAAAUGAUAUUAACAAUAGUACCAUUCCUCUUUUAACAUUGCCAGAGUGUUAGAUGGCCGUACCUGACCAAAAUGACUAAAAAUAAGCCACAAAAGGAGUCAAGUUACUGCCAUGUUGUUUGUGUAUUUCCUGAAUGUACCAACUGUUUGAGACCAUGCAUGUAGGCUGUGCAUCAUAUUGCAACAUGAUGGCAUAUCAGUGCACAGGCUCGAUUGGGGCUGAACAAUAUGAAUGCAGGCCAGCAAGGACUGGGGAGGGGGUACAAACAUUCUUCAGCAAAGUAUGGGGCAAUAAGCCCCAGUGUGAGUGUGUCAGAAGCCUUUAUUUUGUUUAUUCUGAACAGGUGCCAUGGGCUGCAGUGAAUGUUGCACUUUGCUUAUGCUGUACAUAGCUUGAAGUGUGGGAUUUCUUACACUUAGCUUUACAUUAGCUUCACAACACCCCAACAUUACCAAGGACUACUUUACAUUGUAGAUCAAACAUCAAGUCACUUUUAAGGCAUUAACGGUGAGAUCAGCACUAACACCUAUACAGCAGCCACCUAUAAGUUAAAAUACUUUACUGACAUAUUACUGUCAGAAUGUCCAUUGCUGUUUGACAUUGUAUUGUGUGCCCUAAUAGAUGGAAAACAUGCAGGAAACAUGUUUUGUUUUGACUCUUGGGCAGGAAAAUUGCACUCUCCAAGAGCCUGAAGUGAAAAGAUGACACAGAAAACUUCAGAUUUAAUCUGGACUGAUUAUGGACUAAUUAUGUGUUUAUUAAGCCUGAUAUCUACUAAUAAUGGCUGACUGGUGGCUUUCUGUAAAAAUCAGAUCAAAUGUUCAGCCAUUCCUGAUAAAACUAUUGCACCCUUGCAUUCUUGAUUAUUCUGGGGUUGAUUUGAUAACUGCAGAGAUUAAAAGACACAGAAACGGAUCCACACUUUAAUCAUCUUUUGGGGGCUGGAUGUGGAGAUUUAGGGGCCUAACAUGGCCCCCAGGCCACCAGUUGAUAAUCACUGCUUCAGAUCUUUAGAUUGAUUAAAGUUUUUAUCUAUCUGCCAGGCAGCCACCAGUCUUGUUUAUUUAUCAGUUAUUAAGUGAAAACAUCAACUUGUAGGGACAUCAACAUUUCUGAGAGUGGAAAUUAAGAUUAAAAAGAGGGUAUUUUAAUAACAUACUAAAAUGAAUGAAAACCAAAUGCAGCCUGGAAGGUAGAAAAAGCACUAAUCAAUGUAAAAGCCCACUAGUUGCUUUGGAAAAUGGCCAGCAGUGAUGCUAAGUACACUAGAUUUGUAGGCAGAGACUCCAGUGUGGUGCCUGAAGAUGGAUCUGAGUCUGAGACUGUACUGAUGCUGAAGUUGUUUUUAAGUUGUUGUUGAUCUCAACCGGGGUCCUUGAUCAGUAUUGCUAUUACAUAUUUACACAUGCUGACUGGCCUUGGCUGCUGUGUGAGUGAUUUGCCAAAAUGUUAUAUUCAGGAGGGGAGGCAGAGGACGAGGAUUAGCUCAGGGUGAUUGGGGUCUUCAGUCACACACACCUGAAGGGGGUUUUCACAAGCCGCCAGACAUAUGCAAUGACUUCUUAUACCCUUUUGAGUUUGCACGACUGACUCCAUCAACUUUUAAAUCUGAGUUUUGAUUGGAUGCUUUGUUACUCUAAAUCCCUAAAUUAACAAAAAUGUUUUUAUCUUGAAAAACAGACCAAAGAUUCUACUAAGUAUUAUUCAUUUGGGUGGAAAAAUAAGAUUUUGUUCUUUUUGCUCAGUUAUUGGAGGUAUACAGUGAAAAUAAUCAGGUGUAAAUGUGUAUAUCUGAAAAGCAUUGAAAGGCUAUAUCUAUUAAUAUAUUCACAAGCAUUUUACUCUAAAACUGUUUGGAUUGUGGAUGUUUUUUUUUUAUUGUCUUGUAUUCUGUUUUUACCUGAAAGAGUUGUGAUAAUAAACAUCUGU